AUGGCCCGGAAGCCCUUCUUCACCUUCGAGGACGCCAAGACGUCCUUCAACCUCUUCUGCUGCAUCUACGGCAUUGGUACGCUCGGUAUGCCCGGCAACUUCGCGCGGGCCGGGCCGGCCAUCGCCGUGGUGGCCAUGGCCUUCAUGGCCUUCGCCAACAUCUACUCGUCCGUGGCCAUGUCCAAGGUCAUGCUGCUGGCGCCCAACUCGGUCAAGACGUUCGGCGACCUGGGCGAGUGGGCCAUGGGCCAGUGGGGCCGCUGGCUCUGCGUCAUCUCGCAGAUGGGCUCGUGUCUGCUGAUCCCGUGCGUCUUCCUCGUGCUGGGCGGCUCGCUGCUCGACGGCCUCUUCCCGGACGCCUUCGGCCAGACCACGUGGAGCAUCUUGAUGGCGCUCAUGGUGCUGCCCGUGUGCCUGGUGCCCACGCUCAAGGAGGGAUCGGGCGCGGCCUUCGCCGGCUGCCUGGGCACGAUCCUGGCCGAUAUCAUCGGCGUGGCCGUCGUCAUGCACGGCAUGCGCGGCCACCCGAGCGUGCCGUUCCCGGAGCUCAAGUUCUCGCAGGUGGCCGGCGUGUUCGGCAACCUGUCGCUCGCCUACGGGGCCGGCAUUGUCAUCCCGGACCUGCAGCGCCAGCACAGCGACCCGACCCGCAUGCCGCGCGUAGUGGGCGUCACGGUGGGGCUCAUCUCGUGCCUCUUCCUGACGCUGGCCAGCACGGCCUACUCGGCCGUGGGCUGCCAGAUCACGGGCAACUUGCUGUUCACCAUCUACCCGGACAAGACCACGGGGCUCACCACGCUGGGCUUCGCGCCGCGCUGGGGCGUCGUGGUGCUGGCCUACAUAUUCAUGCAGCUGCACAUCACCAUCGCCUUCUCGGUCAUCCUGAACCCGGCCUUCUACAUCGCCGAGCGGCUCGCGCUGGGCAUGCACAAGAAGAAGCCGCGCGACCUCGAGAACCCCGUGAGCUACAUGGAGGCGGCCACGCCGGUAGGCGACGUGGCCCAGGGCGAGCCGCGCCGCAGCUCCAAGAUGUCGUACGUGUCGGUGGCCGACGCCGAGAACGAGCACAAGGGCGACGUCGAGGAGGAGAUGGCCGAGUACCGCGGCGGCCUCAACACCAUCAAGUACAUCGUGCUGCGCAUCGUGAUUAUCGUGGUGCUCGUGGUGCUGGCCAUCAUCUUCAAGGACCACUUCUCCGACUUCGCCGACUUUGUGGGGGCCUCCUGCAUCACGGUCAACUGCAUCCUGCUGCCGAUCGUCUUCUACCUCAUCAAGGCCUGGCAACGCAUCCCCAUGUACGAGAAGAUCCCGGCCAUCGUCGUGACCGUCGUGUGCUUCGUGCUCGGCUGCUACGUGACGUACACCACCGGCAAGAGCCUCUUCGCCCCCACGGACAACGACGCCGAGUUCCCCUACUGCUCGCCCACGUACGAGAACCACGUCUACUACAACUACACCGCUGAACACGAGUCGUAG